CAUAAAUUUUAGUUCCAAUAAAACAUAUUUUUAAGAAAUGAUAAAAAUAUAGACUUGCUAGGGUGAUUAAAGUAUAGAUCAAGAGAAAGAAAUCAUUUGUAGUUUUGAACAAUUUUAAACAGAGGUUAGUGCCUAAAGACAAGAAACUAAAAUAAGAAAAAAUAAAAAUAAUAAUGAAAUCAGUAGUUUGAAAAAAAAGUUUUCAAUAACUUUUAGGGAUGAGAUUUUUCCUGAAGAAGGUCUUGUUGAUGUUUAGAUAGUUGAGAAUUGGAAAAUAUAUAAUGUAAAUUAAGAAAAAGCAGCAAUAGCUGAUGAUUGUUUAUGUUUUAUCUUAUGA